AUGACUAAAUUUGAUACAAAAUUGAAGUUUGUUGGUGAAUACGCAUUUUCAAACUGCUCCAAUUUAAUGGAAGUCGAUUUUGGCGAAUUCAAUAUAAGUUUGUCAAAAGGAGUUUUUGCCUCAUGCCGCUCACUAAAAACUAUAGCAGCACCAAAUUUGUUAAGUGUAAUUCCUGAAUCUUUCGCGUAUCUUUGCACUUCCUUAGAAGCAAUAUUAUUAUAUCCAUAUUUGAUUGAAAUAUCUGAUAAUUCGUUUAGCGAUUGCAUAUCUUUAAUUUCUGUUGGAGGUGAUUAUUCAUCGCUAGAAAAAAUAGGAAAUAAUGCUUUCUAUCAGUGCAAAGCUCUGACCACAUUUAACUUCCCAAAAACUAAAAUAAAAGAAAUCAAUGACUGGGCUUUUACCGGAUGUACAUUUGCUUUAGUUGUUUUCCCAAAUACUCUUACUUAUAUUGGCAUUGGCGCUUUCAAAUUCUGUGAUAAAUUAGAAUUAAUAAAAUUUUCUAAUUCACUUAAAGUAAUCAAUGAAUCAGCUUUUUUCCAAUGCAUGAGACUAAAUGCAAUUGGAAUGUUUAAUUCAUUAGAAAUAGUUGAGAAACAAGCAUUUUAUUAUUGCGGUAUAAACGAAAUUGUCUUACCAGAAAAUCUUCGAUUUAUUGGAUGGAAAGCUUUUUAUUCUUGCAAAAAUAUAAAGAAAAUCGUUAUCUACAUGAGAAUUGAAGCUACAAUAGCUGAAGAUGCCUUCAAUAAUCUCGAUAAUGUUACAGAACUAGUUUUUAAUUCAAAUAAUUAUCAAAUAUUAAAUUAUUUGAACGAUUCAAAAAUUAAUAAAAUAACAUUUAAUUCUUCGCUUAUAUCUGAAGUUCCAUCUCUCAACACCUUCGUCGAUUUGAAUGAAUUGAACAUAUUAAAUCAAGAUAAUUUUAUUUCACUUCCAAAUAACUUUGUUCGAAGUAACAAUCUUUCUAUUUAUAUCUAUCCUAAUAUCAAAUCUAUCUCACAAAAUUCAUUCGUUGAUUCACAUAUCUCUAAAAUAGUUUAUUGUGGGAACGACACAGUUGAUGGAGAUUUUCUUAAAAAUGCCUUAUCAUGUGAUUCAGUUGAGUGUUCAUCUCAAUACAAUAAAAGGCUUUUUGGCGGAAUGAAAUUCAAAGUGAAUACCGAUCUUUGCGAAAUUUACCCUAAGGAUAACAAAAAACUUAUAAUAAUAUUAUGUACUACCAUUCCAAUUGCUGUUAUCAUUGUAAUAGCAAUCCCCGCUUUAAUAUGUGCAUAUAAGAUUCGGCGCAACCAGGAAUAUCUCAAAAAUAAAAUGGUAAUUGCAAAACUAGUUGUUGAUGAUUUCGGAUAA